AUAGUAAAGAAAAGAAAAGGAACAAGUUAGCUGUCAAGAUCGCAUCCAUUGUACCGUGAUUUGUUGAACAUCAGAGUCCAAUUUAUUCCACCAGAUCUCCAAAGAAAGGUUUGGUGAGAGGACUCAAUUAAAAGACGUAGCAAUGUUCAAGCACCUAACUGAAACUUUUCCAUCCUCAAAAGUUCUAGCACUCGAGAAUCCGGGGAUCGAAAUGUAGAAAUUCCUCGGGCACUUGUCGACUCCACGGCGGCUGGCCAGGUUUGACGAGUUUUCUUCUGUCAGUCGACGCAGGCGGAAGAAGAAAGCGAAAGAGAGUUUGGUGAGCCAACGCCAUCUAAUAUAUUCCAAUGCCCACAACACCUCUCCCCUUUGUCCAUCCUUCCAUAAACGAAAAAUCGGUUCUUUCUUUCUUCCUUCCUUCCUUUCAUCUCUUCUUAUUUCCUGCUUUCUUUGACUUCGUUCUGAUCAGUUGCUCAGCUCAAUUCCGAUUUUCAAAACCCAUUGCACCUGAUCUCCCCCUCUCAGUUUUCUCUGCUCAACGGUUAGUGGUAGUUAGUUUCGAGCUCUCUCUCCUUUAUGGGUUCUCUGAAUUUCCCCUAUGUAAUCUUACUUUGGUGAUUUUUUUUUUUUUUUUUUUUGCCGCGCUUGCUCGAUUUCGUUAGAAACAGAGUUUUUGUAGUUUAGUUUGGUGUUUGAGCUGGUUUGGUGAAGUGGGUUGGUGUUAAAUAUAUUUUGGCAGAGUGGAAAGUGAUCAGGAGGAAAAAUGGGAUCAGGAGGAGGGCAAUGGAUAGUGGAGAAGAGAUCUAGUUUCAGGAGCGAGCCUCUUGAGGUGAAUGUGCCUGAAACUGGAUGCCUCUCAAUCGUUGUCCUUGGUGCUUCUGGUGAUCUCGCCAAGAAGAAGACAUUUCCUGCUCUUUUCAAUCUAUACCGCCAGGGAUUUCUUCAAUCAAAUGAAGUUCACAUUUUUGGAUAUGCAAGGACUAAGAUUUCAGACGAUGAUCUCAGAAACCGCAUCCGCAGUUAUCUGGAGAAGGGUUCAGCGAAAUCUGAGGAAGUAUCAGAAUUCUUACAACUGGUCAAAUAUGUUAGUGGUUCUUAUGACACCGAGGAAGGAUUUCGGCUGUUGGAUAAGGAGAUCUCACUUCAUGAAGAGUUCAGAAACAGCACGGAAGGAUCAUCUCGAAGGCUGUUCUAUCUUGCACUCCCCCCUUCAGUUUAUCCAGUGGUUUGCAGGAUGAUCAAGCUAUGUUGCAUGAACAAAUCUCAUCUUGGUGGGUGGACUCGGAUAGUUGUUGAGAAGCCAUUUGGCAAGGACUUGGAUUCUGCAGAGAAACUGAGCAACCAGAUUGGAGAAUUGUUCGAGGAGCCUCAACUAUACCGUAUUGAUCACUAUUUGGGGAAAGAAUUAGUGCAGAACUUGUUGGUCCUGCGCUUUGCAAAUCGUUUCUUUUUGCCUCUUUGGAACCGUGACAAUAUUGACAAUGUUCAGAUUGUCUUCCGUGAGGAUUUCGGAACUGAAGGCCGUGGUGGAUACUUUGAUGAAUAUGGAAUCAUCCGAGAUAUCAUUCAAAAUCACCUAUUGCAAGUUCUCUGUCUUGUUGCUAUGGAAAAGCCUGUUUCUUUGAAGCCUGAACACAUUCGAGAUGAAAAGGUCAAGGUUCUUCAAUCAGUAAUGCCAAUCAAAGAUGAAGAGGUUGUUCUGGGUCAAUAUAAUGGUUACAGAGAUGACCCAACGGUUCCUGACCACUCAAACACCCCUACAUUCGCUACUGUCGUAUUAAGAAUCCAUAACGAGAGAUGGGAAGGCGUUCCUUUUAUCCUAAAGGCAGGGAAAGCAUUGAAUUCAAGAAAGGCAGAGAUACGCGUCCAGUUCAAGGAUGUUCCUGGAGAUAUUUUCAGAUGCAAAAACCAGGGAAGAAAUGAGUUUGUUAUACGCCUGCAGCCAUCAGAAGCAAUGUACAUGAAACUCACAGUUAAGCAGCCCGGGCUGGAGAUGUCAACAGUUCAAAGUGAGCUAGACUUGUCAUAUGGACAACGUUAUCAACAGGUCACCAUCCCAGAAGCUUACGAACGCCUAAUUCUCGACACAAUCCGAGGCGAUCAGCAGCAUUUCGUUCGCAGAGACGAGUUGAGGGCGGCUUGGGAGAUUUUCACUCCACUUCUGCACAGGAUCGAUGAUGGCGAGUUCAAGCCCCUCCCGUAUCAGCCGGGAAGCCGGGGUCCUGCAGAGGCAGAUGAGCUUCUGGAGAGAGCUGGAUAUGUUCAAACACACGGCUACAUCUGGAUUCCCCCGACACUAUGAAGGAAAAACUGUGACAUGACCGUGUUUGCUUUGCUCGGAAAGCUGUAACAGUAUAUCAAUACACAACAAUGUGGGCGGUUCUCCUUGUGUCAUAACUCAUAAGGAUUGCUUGUUCUAAGCCAGCUGAGAGUGUAAUGUAAAACUAAUUUGCAUAAAAAGCUCCCUUUGGAGCCUGCUGUGCGGUGUUUGUAUUACGUAUCGGUAAUGAAAUAAAUGUUUAGUAUUGUAGAGUUGAAGCUGUUACAAUAGUAAUAGAGCACUACUUACAGG